GUUUUCUAUCAGUAGAAAAAGAAUAUAAACCUUUGCAAUUAAGGAUGUCAAAAACUCCAAAUUCAGAAAAAGGUAUUGGCCAAGUAGCAUGUAGUGGAGGUAAAAGCAAAGCAAGGGGGGGAGGAAGAGAAGAGAAGAAGAGCAAGCCCAAGUGUGCAUGCGUGUAUGCGCACGCACGCACAUAUAUGCGGCCUAGCUAGCUACCAGGCAUCAUACGGGUAUUAGGUGUAAUAAUAUAUAUAUAGUGUAAAAGUCGGCCACAAGCUGAGAUGCAAGGCCCAAUCACCAGCUGCCACUCUCAAGAACCUGACUUUGGAUCGCUAUCCCUUUUGCUUCUUAUUAGUGCUCAGGGAAAGAAAGCUAUAGCAGUAGCUAAAUAAGCCAGAGAGAGGCUAAGAGAGAGAGAGGUGAGGGGAGAGAAGAAAUCCUCGCAGAAUUCGAGCAAGAACCGAGGGAGAUCGAUCGCCUCUUGUCCUCGUUCCGAGGCAGAGAUCGACCUGAAGUGAGCUGAGCUGCGGCAAGGAGGAGGAGGAGGAGGAGGAGGAGAAGGAGAUUGGAGAUGAUGAUGAGGGAUGUGUGCAUGGAGGUGCUGCCUCCGAUGGACCACUACGCGUCGAGGGGGAACUGGUUCAUGGCGCGCAAGUGGUCGCCGGAGGAGAACAAGCAGUUCGAGCGGGCGCUCGCCGGGCUGGACCUGCGGUGCCCGGACUGGGACCGGGUGGCGCGCGCCAUCCCGGGCAGGUCGGCGCUCGAGGUCAUGAACCACUUCAGGGACCUCGAGCUCGACGUCCAGCAGAUCGAGAAUGGCAUGGUGCCCUUCCCGGUCUACGGCGCCGCCGCCGCCGGCGGCGCGUUCACACUGCAGUGGGAUGGCGCCCAUGGCGUCGGGGACUUCAGGAACGCGUACCGGUUCGGCGGCGGCGGCGGCGGGAAGCGGCACUUCGGCCGUACGCCGGAGCAGGAGAGGAAGAAAGGCGUGCCAUGGACGGAGGAGGAGCACAAGUUGUUCCUCUUAGGACUGAAGAAAUAUGGGAAAGGGGAUUGGAGGAACAUAUCCCGCAAUUUCGUGCAGACGAGGACGCCGACGCAGGUUGCCAGCCAUGCGCAGAAGUAUUUCAUCAGGCUCAACUCCGGUGGCAAGGACAAGAGGAGAUCCAGCAUCCAUGACAUUACCACGGUUAACCUGACGGAUGACCGGCCUCCCUCGCCAUCACAGUCCUCCUUGAUCAGCAAUCAGUCCAACACAUCAACUCUGACCGCAGCGGUUGCCCCCUUCUCAUCGACGGCCGAUGUCAAGCCACAGAAUGCCGCGAAUGCGUCCUUCAAUUCGCCAAGCCGGACACUUGGGAUGGCGGGUUACGGGAUGGGAUUGCAAGAUCAAGGAUUGCAGUGUGGUGGUCCUCUACAUGAUCAGUUGGCCGCGAGCCGAAGCAUAUUGUUUUAGAUGAAACCAAUCCAGGCAGCACCAUGGAUCAGAUGUCUAGUGUAAUAUUGCCCUGCUUGUAGCUUCAUCACUACCUGUAUUGAAGUAAUUAAUUAUGGGGAAUUUUUCGGAACAUAACAGAGGGGGUGUGGAGGGAUCUUUGUGCCAUGUUGGUGACUGAUAACCUGUGAUCCAUAAUUGUUGGCAAUACUGAGAAUGUAACGAAACGAACGUCAAGAACUUGAUGCCGGUGGUAUUUUCAGACAGUGAUUGCUGCUAGUGCUGAACACUGAUCAUGCAUGAAGUGGACUUUGUAUUCAAUCAUGGAUCCAGCUUUUGUGAGGUGGAUGAGGAGAAUUCUAUUCACUAUGUUCUUCUGGUCAGUGAUGCACUGAGAAACACCGGUUGCCAUCUGAUUGAGGGGUUUCAGAUCAUGCUGUACUUCACACAUACUUAUCCACAGUUCUAUCAAUUUGCUCAUUGGUGCUCCCCCCAUUUGAUGUUUGCAUAGAAUUUAUUUGGAUAAACGGAAAAUAAGUUUGCUCUGAGUCAUUCAGCAUUAUUACUACUUUCAGUUGCUCAUCUAGUCAACUUUUCUUGUUUGUAGCUUCAUUUUUAUAAUAAAAUAAUAACUUCUUUUUUUUAA